CACAUUGAUAUUGCACUGAUUGGCUGGGGGGCAUAGGAAUACGAACAACACCAAAGGAGGCUCUUCAUCUUCUUUCUCCUAUCAUAUAUUCUGCCAAAAUCCAAUCUUUUUCUUUUGGUGCCAAUAAAAUCCAAUCUUUUCGAUUUCUCAAAUCUCAUAUUCGACCAAACUAAGAGUCAGGAGUAGCAAGGACCUUUUGGUCGGAGGGUUUUUGUGGGUGUUUGGAUUAGUUUUGUGGUUUAGUAACAAUGGCGGGAAUAGCUAUAGUCUUAGAUCUGCUGAGAAAAAACCCAAGUCUUACAACCCAAAGCCUUCACGCUUCUGGGUUCUUCUCGGCGAAAGCAGCUGCUUCCGCCGCCGCCGCCGCCGGAGCUCCUUACGUUUACAAGUCCUUGUUCAGUAAUUUUAGGGGACCAGUUGCCUAUUGUGAUGCUGGAGCAACAUUGUCUGAAGAUUACAUCUCUAAUUUACGAAGUGCAUCCUUAAAAAUAUUUCAGAAUGAAUCUGUGAAUUACGGUACCAAGGAAUACACAAUCGAGUUAAAGCCACUAUUCUCAGCUUUCGAAUUGAGAGCUCUAACUUUGACGACUCUGAGGUCAUUUUUACUGUACUUUUUACCUCUUCUGGAGCCUCGUGCAAACUUGGAAGAGGACGAUGAUGACUUCCUGCAGGACACUGAAGAAGAACAACGUAUAGAUUAUGUUGUUCCAUUAAAAAAAUCAUUAAAGCAGAUUGCUCGUGAGACUACUGUCACAACCACUAGACGGAUUCUAGAAAGAAUUUCUGUUUAUUAUGUGUCACAGAGAAUGGCAUGGAAACUUCUGAAAGAUCUCCCAAAGUCUGCCAUGAGGAAAGCUGGAAGAAGAAUGCCAACUUAUGUUUUCUUCUUCAAUGUUGGCAAAACGACUAUGAGAGGACACUUUCUAGGUGUUGCAGCAUCUUGGAUCAUCUCAGUUGGCAUUGAUAUCUACCGAACUUUUAAAGGAAUGAUAAACUCUAAAGAAGAGGUUGAUGAAAUCGAUACACCACAAAAGCUUAAACUUCUUGGGAAUAAGGUUUGGGGCACUACUAUCAGGUGUGGUGCAUCACUGAUUUUUGCUUCAAUUGGGGCGGGUAUUGGUGCCACUCUUUUUCGCCCUUCAACUGGCCAGUGGGUUGGUUGUGUUCUGGGAGAUGUGGCAGGGCCUAUUAUUGUCUCAUAUUGCCUUGAGAGAUCUUUCCAUAUAGAACUUUAGGCACUGGGAAUAGUUUAUCUGACAUUUAUUCUUUGCACUUGCUUCAAUUUUGACUGCUGUACAAUAGGAAAUUUCUAAAUUUGUGAUAGUGUUCUUAAUUAAUUGGAGUUUUGCCUUUUCUUGAAUCAUGUUAGUGCUUUUGUUUACGAUGAAAUUUUGAAUAAAUUGGGCUUCUUUAUGAUCA